UGGAGACGAGCAGUACGACGUAGUGACGUGCCUCAACCUACUGGACCGCUACGACACCGGACCCUCAUCGAGGAUAUCCGCAAGCUGUCGACGCACGCAGGGGCCUUGUUGUGGCUCUCGUCCUCCCUUCAGCCCCUAUGUUGAGAUUGGUACCAUAGACAACAUGCCGUCUGAGGAGCUGGGCGUUACGGGCACUGCCAUAGAGGAGCAGGUUAACAGUUUAGCCACAGACGUCUUCCCCAGCCUGGGAUACAAGCUGGAGCGGUGGUCGCGUCUUCCAUACUUGUGUGAAGGUGACCUCGACCAGGCCUUCUAUUGGCUGUCCGAUGUUGUUAUGGUGUUUAGCAAGGUCAAUGACUGGUCAGAGGUCAACGAGAAGACAAUAUCUGCCAAACAGACAACGGAAGAGAGUGAAGAUCAUUACGAUGACGCCCUUGACCAUGUCGUAUAGAGGAUCAGAUCAUAUCAAGAGAAGUGUUGAAAGACCAUAGUAUCUUAUAAAGAGAUGUCUUACUGAAUAUUUCACACUUCAAAUAAUGUAAUUUUAUAAAUAUAUUUUAUUAAGAUUUGUUCAUUUAUUCCUCUGUUGAAAGAUUGUUACUGUACUGGGAAAUAAAACUUACUUUUGGAUAUAUAAA